GUCAGGACCUUGGACAUCAAUGAUUUCUCGUUCUUGGCUAUCAUUUAUGUUUGGCCUUGUAAAUGCACGGUACUCAUAUCUAGAACCCCCAAGACUCGAGAUGCAUCUCUUCUGUUUUUUGCUAGUCGGCUUCGUCUCCGUCCUCGCAUUCGACGACCCUCCAUUGAGAGAGACGCGGAGCAUUGACGAGAUAUACCGAGCCGCCCUGGAUGAGGGAGGCACCGUGACGCUUUGGCACGGCGGAGAUGAAGUCUACCAGCGCGACAAUCUCAAGGCCGCGUUCGAAGCGCGGUUCCCGGGGGUAACGGUAAACUUGACCGUCGACCUCUCCAAAUAUCUCGACGGCCGGUUCGAUGACCAGCUAGCCAGGGCCGCCAAGGGCGACGCUGGGGCCGUCACGGUGGACAGCAUCAUCCUCCAGACCGUCCACGACUACCCCCGGUGGGCGCAGCAGAGGGCCUUGCUGGACUACAGACCUCUCGGCUGGGACCAGAUCAGUCCAGCAUUUAGGGACCAAGCGUCGGCGACGCACUACGGCGUCGCCGUCUUCUCGUGGCCCCUCGUCUGGAGCACCGACAAGCUCCCGGCCGGCACGGCCCUGUCCGAGUUUGAUGACUUCCUCCGCCCGGAGCUCAAGGACAAGAUCGUGCUGACCAUGCCCCACGACGACGACGCGGUGCUGUGGGCCUUUGACCUCAUAAUACAACAAAAAGGCACGCCAUGGCUCGACGCCCUCCUGGCCCAGAACCCGCGCUGGGUGCGCGGCACGCACACGCCGCUCGCCCUCAUCUCGCGCAACGACACGCGCCUCGCCGCCACCUUCACGAGCGGCACCGCCUACCCGCCGCCGCGCGGGUUGGCCGCCGCCGUGCCGCGCCGCACCCGCUUCGUCAGCUGGCCGCAGACGGCCGCCAUCCCGCGCGCCGCCCCGCACCCCGAGGCCGCCAGGCUGCUGCACGCCUUCUUGCUGUCCACGGCCUGGCAGGGGAGGGGGGGCUGGAGCGUGCGCGGGGACGUGACCCCGCCGCCCGGAACCACGUUCGGCGUCGGGCAUGACGUGGCGGCCGGCGGCGUCCCGAGCACGGACCCGGCCGCCUUCGCGCCCUGGAUGGCGGAUCGGGCGCGCGUCGAGCGGCUGCGGCUGUGGUUCGAGGACAGGCUCGGCACGCCGCAGGGGCCGAGCCCGCUUGUGGACGGCUCGUGA